AUGAUUUAUUUAGUGAAUAAAGUUGUAUUGUGCAUCUUGGUGGUAGCUGCAACGGUGUCCUGCAGAAUACACAAACUGCAUCUUUCGGACGAUGAGCGUCGCUACGUGGAUCUCACGACCUUCGGGUUCUUCAAGGGUGGUGUACUCGAUGUCAAGUUGGUGGACUUCAUGAUGCCGUCAGGUCCUGUUUAUGGAGAGUACGGGUUCACGUUAGACCGGACGAUAAAUGCAGCAAUAAGUCCGUACCUAGCUCAGUCUACCUCCGCAACCUGUUACCUCAAGGAGACCGACACCAACAUACUGUCGCCGCAGCAUCCAGCAAUCGUCUUUCUGAAGAUGGACUUCAAGAAUCUCAGAUUAAACGUGACAUGCAAAGCGAAAGUGUUACAUAUGUAUGAGAACAGAUCUUCAAUACCAGACACUAUACCAACUGAGGAAAAGUGUUCGUACACAAUGUUACCGAUUACAAAGGAGACGAGGAAUGGCUUCGACUACUAUAAUACUAGCUUUGCGCUGUACGUGGCUACUGAUAAAGAAGAAGGUCUCUACAAUCUCUACUUCAACAAUUGUCCGAACCCCGACGCCGGCACGACGACUGCAGUCAACAUGAUUGUGGAAAUCUACGAGAGUAAUGCUGGUAACUUCUUAUCAGCAGGGGAGAUGCCACUUCCAGCGUUAUACAGCAUGAUGUCACUCAUUUUCCUAACGUGUGCUGCCCUCUGGACUUUUAUUCUGCGAACUAGUCGACAGCCUGUCUACAGGAUACACAUCAUUAUGUGUGUCCUUGUCUAUUUGAAGGCUCUCUCUCUUGCUUUUCACGGCAUUAACUACCAUUUUAUUCAGACGAAAGGCGAACAUGUUACUGCUUGGGCGAUUCUCUUCUAUAUUACGCAUUUAUUGAAAGGAGCGGUGUUGUUUGUGACCAUUGUACUAGUGGGCACCGGCUGGAACUUCAUCAAACACAUACUCUCUGACAGAGACAAGAAGCUCUUCAUGAUUGUAAUACCUCUGCAGGUUUUAGCGAACGUAGCAGAGAUAAUACUGGCGGAGAGCGAGGAAGGUGCUGCGGAACAUAACGCGUGGCGCGACAUCUUUGUACUGGUGGAGUUGCUCUGCUGCUGGGCAAUUAUGUUCCCUGUUGUAUGGUCAAUACGUCACCUGCAGGACGCGUCGAGUACGGACGGCAAGGCGGCCAUCAACCUGCGCAAGCUGAAGCUGUUCCGACACUUCUACGUCAUGGUCGUCUGCUACAUAUACUUCACGAGGAUCGUCAUAUCCAUAUUAAAUAUCACAGUGCCAUUCCAGUACGCGUGGAUAGACGAAAUGUUCCGAGAGAUGGCGACACUGGCGUUCUUUGUUAUGACUGGCUACAAGUUCAGGCCGGCCGCUGCCAAUCCUUAUUUCACGCCAACACAUGUCGAUGAUGUGGAGCCACAAGUACUCUCAGACAUCGGUGUACUUGAAGGAGUGACGCGGAUAGCGAACCGAGGCGAUAGGAAACGAGAAGAUCUACAACCGUUAAUGCAGGAAACUAAUUACAAUUCUGAUUAG